GUCACUUCCCCGCGCGCUGCCCGGCGGGAAGAGGCGCGGCGUGCACUGGCCAUGGCGGCUGUGGGUGCUCUGCGGGUUGGUCGGUGGCAGCUGGGCCUCCGCGCCCCGGCGGCCAGGGCGCUCUGGGGCCGCCGCAGGAAGGAAGAAAAAGAAGUCGAAGCAGACAAAAUAAUUCAUGAAGAGAAAAAUGAACCCAGCCUGAUCUGCCCUCCACCUUGCAGCAGAAACUAUCUUCCUCCAGCAGAUAUACAGAACUACCUGGAGUCUCGUGUCAAGGAGAUUUUUGGACCCUCACUUCCCAGUAAUUGGCGUCAGACACCCCUCAAUGAAAACAGGUUGAAGUAUCGAUUACUGGCUCAGCUGGCAGCAGAACUUGGUCACGCUGUCCCCAACUCGCAGCUCCACCUGAUGUGCAGUGCUGAGGAUGUCUUGACUUUCUAUAGCACUCCUGUGAGGGAUGCGUCCAAGUUUGAUGAACUGUGUGCUGCAGAGCUACCCCCAAACCUGAAGAUUACCUGGAAGCAGUAAGUUGCUCUAUGAAGCAUCACGUUGCUUUGCCUAUGUUCCUGAGACAGAACAACUCUUUCAUUGUGGUAGCAACUGAAUGUAUGAAUACCACUAAUAAAGUUCAUUUAGUUGUCCUCAGGUUUCAUUUGUUUCCAUUUAUUAUAUACAGAAAGAAGAACAGUUCUCCCUGUGGAGCAGUUGCACAGUGUGGUCAGUAGCAGUACUCAGCAGAACAUGGACCAGCUCCAUAGCCAGAUUUAUUCAGCAGAAAUUUUCCUCAUGGAAUUAGGAUCAAAGUUGUAGUGAGGAACCCAGAACACUACUGGUGGUUUGUCAUGGUAACAGAACACCUGCAUGGCCCAAGUCUGAUCCUUAUAUUUCUAAGACUGAAGCACACGUCAGUAGAGUCAGAAGAAAAUACCAACCUGGAAGAACCACUGCAAGACCCGACACAGCCAUCCUAGAUUUUCUUUGAGUCACAGACAAAUGACAGAGACCAGGCUACACCUUUGAGUUUUUUGAUAAUUUUUUUUUUGCAUCUGUUUUGGAAAAAAUAUACAAAAAAAGCCAAGAAGAAACAACAUGGAAAUGUGAGGUAAACAUUCCAGUAAAAGUACGGACAGAGGCUCCAUUCUUUAAAGGAGACACACAGCAGUUAUCACCAUGCUAAAAGAAUGAGAUGCAGGAAAAUCCUAGAAACAGUGAAAAGUCAUGUAAUGAAGCCUUUGCCCCAGUUCUAGCCAUUGUAAAUGGGCUCCUUUUAAAUUUUACUCCCACCCCCCACCCACACUUAACCGCCUCUUUAUUCCUUAAACAAAGUUGUUAAAUUGUAAAAUAGCAGUUUUGAUAUAAAUUCUGUACGGCAGAAUUUACAAAAAUGCAGACUGCUACUACAGACAGUGCCAGGUUUUUCAGGGUAUGUUUUGACUUGCCAGAGCCCCUGAGUAAAAACUACACUGUCUGAGCAAAAUUGUCUUCUUGGUUAUGCCAAUGUGAAUGCUAAGUAAUGCCACUCCACUGAAGAAGCGGUGCCACUUUUCCUUUACACCAGUGUUACUAGUUACCCCACAAAUCUAUGAUGAAGUCAUGAAACACUGAAAGC